ACCCGCACCCGAAGAAGGAGGAACUUCACUUGGCAGUUUGCCGCAUUAACUCACAAAGAACACCAGAGCUUUCAAUCUUUGAGCUUUCUUUAUCCAUUUCAAGAAAUCACCUGGAGCUCGAUUUCAUCAGGAGGCCCACCAUGAAUCACGGUAACAGUCAAAACGAGAUUUCUGAACCUCUCAUUUCAAUGGAAGAAAUCAAGUCCGAUUCCCCUCCUCAGCAUCGCCUUAUCUCGGUGGAAUCCGAUGCUGUGCUCUCAAAACCGGCGAAAUCGAAGCGUGUUGCAUCGCUUGAUAUAUUCCGAGGUCUCACCGUUGCGUUGAUGAUUUUGGUUGAUGAUGCUGGGGGAGAGUGGCCUAUGAUUGGUCAUGCACCAUGGUAUGGUUGUAAUUUUGCAGAUUUCGUGAUGCCUUUCUUCUUGUUCAUUGUUGGGAUGGCCAUUGCACUCGCACUGAAGAGAAUACCAAACCAACUUAUGGCCAUUGAAAAGGUCACUCUUCGAACUUUAAAGCUCCUAUUCUGGGGCCUUCUAUUACAAGGUGGCUAUUCGCAUGCACCAGACAAACUGACUUAUGGUGUUGACAUGAGAAAGAUAAGGUUAUUUGGCAUUCUCCAGAGAAUUGCUCUUGCAUAUUUGGUUGUGGCACUUGUGGAAGUACUUUCAAGAAAAGCACAAUCCAGUGUUCAACCAUUUAAUCACUUCUCUAUAUUCAAAUCAUACUUCUGGAAUUGGCUGGUUGGAGCUUGUAUUCUUGCCGUUUAUUUUGCUCUCCUUUACGGAACAUAUGUUCCUGAUUGGCAAUUUACUGUCACUGACAGCGAUAGUGUUUAUUAUGGAAGAAACUUCACUGUAGCAUGUGGUGUAAGAGGAAGUCUGGAUCCUCCAUGUAAUGCUGUGGGAUAUAUUGACAGAAAAGUGCUGGGAAUCAAUCACAUGUAUGCCCAUCCUGCUUGGAGAAGAUCUGAAGCUUGCACCGAGAAUUCUCCAUAUGCAGGGCCUUUCCGAGAUAAUGCUCCAUCAUGGUGUUUUGCCCCGUUUGAACCGGAAGGAAUUUUAAGGUCUGUCAACAGAUAUAAUUCAAUGUUAUGGAUUCUGAUUUACUCAAGGAUUUUAGAUAAUUCUGUCAAGAAAUCAACAAUCAAAGAAACAAGAAAACGUAAAGAGCAGAGAAAUAAACACAAAGAUUUACAUGGUUCACUAAUAGUGUGUUAGCUACAUCCAUGGGCAGAAGGAGAGAACAAUUUAUUAUUAGUGAGAAAAUAUUAGAUGACAAAUUCAGAGGCGUCAAUAGAGUUUAGGCGCACUCUGUUGAACUACUUAAAUCACCAAUUGACCCAAAAACUUGAGGUAAUGGGUGAAGGUAAAUUUAAUUAUAUCAUCUAACACUCCCUCACUUGUGAGCUUAAAAUAUGAAAGAAGAUCCAAUAAGUGGAAAUGAAUAAUAAUUAGGGAGGAAACAUACUGUAGGGGUUUGAACACAACUUCUUGAACCAACCUGCUCCGAUACCAUCUUAAAUCAUCAAUUGACCAAAAAGCUUAAGUUAAUGGAUGAAGGUAAAUUUAAUUAUAUCUUCUAACAAAACCCUAGGGCCAAAUUCAUCUGAGGAUUGUUCUACAGACACUACGUGAUAAAUAGUUGUACGCUAAGUUCAGCAAAUGUGAGUUCUGGUUGAAACAGGUAGUGUUCUUAGGGCAUGUAGUUUCAGCGGACGGAGUUAGUGUUGACCCGCAGAAAGUGGAAGCUGUUGUCAACUGAGAGAGACCAGCUAGUGCAACAGAGGUACGUAGUUUCCUAGGUCUGGCCGGAUACUACAGACGUUUUGUUGAGGAUUUCUCACGAUUAGCAUUACCCUUGACAGCUUUGACAAGGAAGAAUGCUAAGUUUGAGUGGUUGGAUAAAUGCGAACAGAGUUUCCAGGAACUGAAGAAGAGAUUAGUGACAGCACCUAUUCUGACACUUCCUGUAACAGGGAAGGAGUGUGAUCUAUUGUGACACUUCGAGGCAAGGAUUAAGUUGCAUACUUAUGCAGGAAGGAAAGGUAAUAGCUUAUGCUUCAAGGCAGUUGAAGAAGCAUGAGUGUAAUUACCCUACCCAUGAUCUUGAGCUAGCAGUAGUUGUUUUAGCAUUGAAGAUCUGGAGACAUUAUUUAUUCGGUGAGAAGUGCCACAUUUUCACAGAUCAUAAGAGCCUGAAGUAUAUCUUUGAUCAGAAAGAGCUGAAUCUGAGACAGAGGUGAUGACUAGAACUGAUUAAAGACUAUGACUGUACCAUUGAUUACCAUCCGG